AUGAAUACUUCUUCCCAGUCUUCCCUGAACUGGCUAGAUCAACAGAAUAGUUUAUUCUGGGACAAUUUACAAUGUCUAUGCACCCACCAGAUUCUCCAUCCAUUUCAUUCGAACCGCAUCAACUCGACGGCUAAUCAGGGCAUCUGGCACGAACACAUUGAACCCAUGCCAGCAACCCGGCCACACAUGCAGUUCCGUCGGGACACCGCACCUCCACAGCGUAGAGGCAUAAUCAAUAACUUCAUCCGGGACUAUAUCUGCAUCGCCAACAUCGAUAAUCGCCGGAGGCAACCGGGACAAAUCGAUCCUUCGCGCGCGCGACGGAAGCGUAGAGAUGGAGGCAUAUCUGUGUCUUCGUGGGAUAUGAUGAAUUAUUUUCCCCGGAUGGAGUCCUUUAGUUUGAACGCGAGCCGCUAG